UCCUCUCCCUCUCCCUCUCGCUCUCCCUCUCCCUCUCUUUCCUCUGUGAACUCAACGCCUUACCAAAAGGGGAAAAACCAUAAAUCGGGAGAUAAAAUUGACAUGGCUCGAGUUGGAUAUCUAGGGCUAGAUUGUUCGUGAAUAUAUGCACCAUCGUCUGUCCUAAUUUCUCUGGUCGUUCUUCCUCGAAUCGAAUCUUUAAAUCAUCGUGGUUGAGACGGUCCUGAUCUGAGUUGGCAUAUUGAAGCUUUUGUGGUGGAAGGAAAGAAGGACGAGUAUAGGGUUUCAGAAUCACGGUACUCUGAAGUUGCUUUCGCAAUGGUGGAUAAGUCUUGCAUUAAACGCCUUCAGAAGGAAUACAGAGCACUCUGUAAAGAACCAGUCUCCCAUGUUAUGGCUCACCCUUUACCGAAUGAUAUCCUUGAAUGGCAUUAUGUAUUGGAGGGAAGUGAAGGAACACCAUUUGCAGGUGGUUAUUACUAUGGAAAGAUCAAGUUCCCUCCAGAGUAUCCAUUCAAGCCACCCAGCAUCAGUAUGAUCACUCCAAAUGGACGGUUUAUGACACAGAAGAAAAUCUGCUUAUCCAUGAGCGAUUUUCACCCAGAAACUUGGAAUCCCAUGUGGUCUGUAUCAAGCAUACUUACAGGGCUUCUGUCAUUUAUGGUAAGUUCAUUGCAGCUCCUUAUACUUUAUUUGCAGUUUCUGUUUCUCCUUUUAUUGGUUGAAUAUUUAAUGAUUUAGUAAGUGCAUAUACCU